CAGCGAAUGAUCUGAUCUGAGUGUGCUGUAGGGCCUCCGCAAAGUCUUGUGAGAUAUGUAGUUCGCGUAUGGCUAGAAAGUUCCAUCAUCUAACACAUCACCUUGCUACGACGAAGAGGGUCGUUCAAUAUGUCCAUAUCGGUAGUAAGAAGCCCAGCACAAGGUGCUCUUGAUACACGUACGAUAGAACCUGGACACAGCAGGUUUAAAGAGUGUCUGUCUGCCUCUCCACCAUCUAGACGGACGACUCCAGACUCACAAGCUGACGACCGAGACGACCAAGAUGACUCAGUCCCCGAUGGUGGUAUAGCAGCGUGGCUGAUCGUGGUGGGUGGGUGGUGUGCGAUGUUUUCCAGUUAUGGAUGGCUUCACAGUAUUGGCGUGUUCCAGAACUACUAUCAGAAUGUCAUGUUUCCAGGCUAUCCUGCGAGUACGAUCGCGUGGAUACCAUCCUUUGAAGUCUUCUUCAUGCUUGCCUUAGGUCCUAUUGUCGGCCGGCUGAGUGAUACUUUUGGACCGCGCGCAGUCGUCAUCGGAGGCUCAUUCUUUCAUAUUUUUGGGGUUAUGAUGGCUUCCAUAUCGACAAAGUACUAUCAGAUUCUCCUCGCACAGGGUAUCUGUAGUCCAAUAGGUCUUUGUGCCAUAGCACAGCCAGUCUUGAGUGUCAUUCCUAAUUGGUUCAACAAGCGGCGCGGAUUGGCGUACGGAAUCAUCUCGUCUUCGUCAGGGAUCGCGGGCAUCAUAUUGCCAAUCAUGGUUAACCGACUCAUUCCCAAAGUCGGCUUCGGUUGGGCCAUGCGGAUCGUCGCAUUCAUGAUGUUAUUUUUUCUUAUCAUCGCUGGUCUCACUGUAAGGGAGCGCGUGCCUCCAUGCCCAGAGGUUUUGAAUCGAGAGAACCUCCUGCACCCUUUCCGAGAUGUGAAUAUGGUCUUGCUUCUUGCCGGCGGCACUUUGCUGAGCUUUGGUAUAUGGGUCCCAAGUAACUAUAUCGUCACAUCGUCAUUGGCUGUGGGAAUGCAGAACAAUCUGUUGCAGUACCUCGUAUCUAUUCAGAAUGCUGGAAGUCUCUUUGGACGAUUCUUUUCUGGCUUUUUCGCGGACAAGAUCGGCGUAUACAACAGUUUUAUCUCAAGUACUGUCUGCUCUGGUAUCCUGGUGUUGGCGCUUUGGAUCCCAGGUACCAACAACUCAGCAAUCAUCAGUUUUGAUGUACUGUUUGGAGUCACGUCGGGGGCCUACUAUACUAUUUUCGUGGCUUUGGUGGCACCCGUAGCCCCGCCUCGAGAAAUUGGAUACUGGGUUGGGCUGAACUUUUUCUUUGCAUCAAUUGCGGGACUUGUAACAGGGUCCAUUGGAGGAGCAAUAUUAGCCUAUGACGGAGGGUCUUACUGGGGAAUGAAGGUCUACUCCGGCGUACUCCUGCUUGCGGGCAGUGUAUUUGUGAUAGGGACGCGGCUGCGACUGACGGGAUUGGCAGUGUGUGCCAAAUGUUGA